AUGAAGGAAGAGAACCCUGAACACCAAAACGGUGAUCCUUCAUCUUCUUCUUCCACUGCUCGCAGUCCGGAGUUUCUCAUCGAAACAAAGGACCAGUCGUCGUCCACCUAUAGAGAGAAAUGCGGAAGUCAAGAUACGGUCGCCAUGAAGGAAGACAAUGCAGAAUACCCAAGCAAUGGCCCUUCGUCUUCUUCCACUGCUCAAGAUCUAACGCUGCUCACAGAAACAGAGGAGCCGUCAUCUACCUGUAAAGAGCAGUGCAGCAGUCAAGAUGCGAUCGCCACGAAGGAAGACAGCCCAGAGUACCAUAACGAUGACAGUGCAUCCUUGUCUACUGCUCAAGAUCCGGAGUUGCCCACCGAAACACAGGAACAGAGGUGCAGAAGUCACGAAGCAGUUGAAAAGAGGACGCCACUGAAGAUGAAGGCAGGAUCAUAUUACAUACCACAUAUGAGAAAAUUGAAAGGAGAAGACGCUCACUUCAUAUGUGAGCAUGAGCAAGUCGUCGGUGUAGCAGAUGGCGUCGGCGGAUGGGCCAAGUUAGGCAUCGAUGCCGGAGAAUAUGCUCGAGAGCUCAUGUCUCGUGCGGAGCAAGCGGUUCGUGCAUCACCUGAAGGUUGCGUUGAUCCUUUCCAGGUCCUGGCAACAGCUCAUGCCCUGACAAAUGCAUUGGGAGCCUCCACUGCUUGCAUCAUGGCACUCAAAGGCCAGUACAUUCAUACAGUGAAUAUUGGCGAUAGCGGCUUUUUGGUGGUUAGAGAUGAUGCCGUAUUGUACCAUUCUCCCGCACAACAAAGAGGUUUUAACACGCCAUAUCAACUCCAAAACUCUGGCGAAACGCUAAAUGAUGCAGAGGUAAAGUCGAUGGGAGUUGAACCAGGAGACAUCAUUGUUGUAGCCACAGAUGGGGUAUUCGACAACCUGUUCGACAGCGAGGUGGUUCGACUGAUAAAAUCCGGAUUGGUGCUCAAUCUAAGUGCAGAACGUAUAGCUAGUCUUAUUGCUGAUGAAGCCCAACGCAACUCACUCAGAAGAACGAAAGAAACACCCUUCUCUAUAGCAUGUAGAAAGGCAGGAAAGCGCCGAAAAGGAGGCAAGAAAGACGAUAUCACGGUGGUGGUUAUGUUCAUUAUUGAGGCUGACGAUUAA